CUCAGCAGCAGCGCGCACUCACUCACUCACUCACGCGCGGAUCGCAGCAAGCGUCGCGAGUGCUGCGCUUCUAAUUCCCGCGUAUGUCUAAUGAUAUAAACAUGUUCCACUAGAUACUGACAGAAAGAAGAUCACGAAAGAGGCGUCAUUCAUCUAGCAACAUGGAGGAGUUUAAAGUUCAGAGCGCCAAACACCCCGUACCCAACAGUUCACCCAUGCGGCCGCACAGCGAGCACCCGAAAGAUCACGCAGCCAAACGCCUGUCCUCCGCGUCCAACGGCACGAGCGAUGGAGGAGCGGGAGCUAAAACACCUGUGGAGAUCACCGCGCUGGAGGAGUCCUUCCGCCGCUUCGCCAUCCACGGAGACACACGAGCCACCGGCAGAGACAUGAACGGCAAGAACUGGUCCAAACUGUGUAAAGACUGCGGCGUCAUCGAUGGCAAGAGCAUCACCCUCACAGACGUGGACAUAGUCUUCUCCAAAGUCAAGAACAAAUCUGCGCGCACUAUUACAUACAGCCAGUUCAAAGAAGCGCUGGUGGAGCUCGCCGGGAAACGCUUCAAAGAUAAGAGCAGCGAGGACGCCGCGCAAGAGGUUUACAAGAUGAUCGAAGGGAAAUCCCCCGUUAUAUCUGGAGUCACGAGAGCCGUGGCUUCCCCAACCGUGUCCCGUUUGACCGACACCACCAAGUUCACCGGAUCACACAAGGAGCGUUUCGACCAGACGGGCCGUGGCAAGGGCAAGGCGGGCCGAGUGGAAGUGGUAGAUAAGUCCGGAUACGUCUCUGGAUACAAGCACGCAGGCUCGUACGAGAAGAAAGUUUCAAAAUCUCCACAAAAACCCAUGUGAGAUUCUCCAUCCAGCAACAGAAGACAAACCACGACUAUAAAGCACAAAUGGAUUUCCCAUCUUCCAUUCUCUGUGAAUAACAUUGUGAUUAUGCUCCUCUUCCUGUAAGUGUUUUAUUUCUCUUAACUGGAACGCUGUUUACAUCGAACGCCGACGUCACCAGCUGGUACGUUCCUAACUAACACGAUGAUGCCAAGAGAAGUGACUGCAGUGUUGCACGCUCUACUAGAGAAGGUUUUGCUGAUAAUCGUGAAUAUUGACAUGAAAUUAAUAUCUGGCGUUAAUAUUUUGAUGCAGUACUUUGCAAAUGCUUGAAUAAUGCUGUGCAAGUCCAUGAUCCCACAACAUGUGUUACAACAACACAAAACUAAGACCUUUUCCAUUUCCAUUUAUAUUUAAUGCACUUGGCAGAUGCUUUUAUCCAAAGCCAAAUGCAUUGCAUUGCAUACAAGUUUAAAUUGGAUCAGUUCAUGCAUUCAAUCCCAUGACUUG